AUAUCGAUAGCCAAAGACGAGCAACGCUAGUUUUUUUCUUUUCAACUUUUAAUUCUUAAUUAAAGCAAAAUAACUAUAGUUUAUAAAAGAAAAUGACGUUGUAUCACUUUGGAAAUUGUGUGGCCCUACUAACGCCGUAUUACUUCACCUACAAAUAUUCCGGCCUAUCUGAAUAUGGAGCCUUUUGGAAGUGCGUGCAGGCGGGCGGCAUUUACAUAUUUACCCAGCUCUGCAAGAUGCUGGUCCUGGCCACAUUCUUCUACUCGGACAGUUCUUCCAGCGGCGAGUUCAACUUCUUUGCGGAGAUCCUCCGCUGUAGCGUGGACGUCGCUGAUCUGCUAGGAUUUGCCCUAAUCCUGAGUCGUAUUCCUGGAAAGGGGCACUCGAAACUCAUUACAGCUGGACUCGGAUGGGCCACUGCCGAGGUGAUUCUCUCCCGCGGGAUCAUGCUAUGGGUCGGAGCCCGAGGAACAGAGUUCAGCUGGAUCUACAUUCUGAAGUGUCUCGAGUCGAACGUGCUUCUGGUGCAGCAUAUAACUACGGCCACUCUGAUCUGGCUGUUCACCCGUCACGAUCUGAACAAGGCGCUGAAACCGUUGGUAAGCCUGCUGCUGGCAGUGACCGUGUUCAAGGGUGUUUGGCUGGAGGGCAUGAUCCACAUCCUGGCCAUUGGACCCUGGCUGACGGUGGCUGUGAAAGCGCUGGUAGCGGCCGUUAUUGGGUUCUGCACGCUGCACAUUUACUCGGGUCUGGCUCAACAGAUCGGCAUCUAAGCGAUUGUGCCAAUAAUACAUUGUAUUCCUUUUGUUUUGUAACUUGUUUAUUAUAUUUUUGGUGUUGUCACAGAGAGAAUGAGAUUGUGUAACGAAGGACAACAAGUACGGUUUAGAGAAUUACCCAAAAUGUUAAUGAAUUAUAUAUCUAUGAUAACGUAA